AUGGAUGCGGACCAAAGAACAGAAAAUCUUAAGACAUUAUUGUCUAUGUUUCCUGAUGUUGAUUCAGAAAUAUGUGAAGCAGUUUUAGCAUCAAACGAUAAUGAUUUGGAAACAAGUAUAAAUACUUUAUUAAAAGAAUUGCCUGUUAUUAAGGAAAAGAUUGUUCAAGCUGCCGAUACCACCAAAAAGAAAGUCAAAGAAUGGUACGAAAAAUUGAAACAACAAUCGCCUGUUUAUGGAUCUUAUGAAAUCGACCUUGAUAAGAAAAAAGAUUCUUAUUCUCCUUUCAAGAUCAUUGAAAAAGAUAAUGAUUUAAUAACUAUUUCUUCUUCUUCUUCUAACAUUAAUAACAAUAAUAUAAAGAGUGAUAUGUUUAAUGAAAAAUUAAAUAUCACUACAACAAAAUCAUCAUCUACAUCAUCUAGCAGUACUAAUAAUGCUACUACUAGCAGUGAUGAUAAUAAUGAAAAUAAAUCUCCUUCAUCUAAUACAAAUGUUGAAGAUAUUAAAAAAGAUUCUGAAAUAACUGAUGAGUAA